UUAAGUAGUGGUUUGUGCCGCCAUGUCUACUAUUGUCUACUUCACGAAGCACGUAUAUGGUAUAUGUGUUUUCGUUCUCUGGUCUAAUCUUCAUUUUCAUUAGUGUUUACCUUUACCAUACUAGUAUUAAUCAAAAUUCAGAUUAAUUAUUCAGAUAGUGAGUAAAGUGACUCAAAGAUAAAAGGUGACAAACAAAUCCACGUUGCUCCUACAUAUAUUUUGAAAAUUGAACUAGAUAAUGACUAGUGAUGAUUAUGGAAGACUAAUUAAAGAGGAGGGAGAGGAGGAGGAAUGUAAUGCAGUCCAAAGGAUUAUCACAAAAUAUGAAUUAAAGCCAAAACAAGUCGAAAGUGAAGAUCUCAUUGAUAUUGUUGAUCAUGAUUUGAAAUCUGAAAGGUACUUGGAAGAAGUAAAAGAAGCCUCACAUUGUGAGGCGUGUGGAGGAUGUUUGCUUAGUCCAACUGAUUUCUUCAGCCCUGAUCAUUCAAAAUUCUGUUAUAAUUGCCAAUGCCAGAAUGGGCCAAAUGCUAUGCAAGGCGAAGAUAUGACUCUGGAUUUGAAACAACUUAUUUCAGAUCCUGGGAUUUCUCUAUUUGAAACCCAAGAAGAAACAAUUGUUGAUAUGGAAGAGGAGAUUAUCAAUGAAAAUAUUUUGAAAGUACAUGAAAAAAUUCAUACUGGUGAAAAAUCAUUUCAGUGUAAAGUCUGCUCCAAAUUAUUCAGUCAAAGUGGUCAUUUGAAAGCACAUGAAACAAUUCAUACUGGUAAAAAAUCAUUUCAGUGUAAAAUCUGCUCCAAAUUGUUCAGUCAUAGUGGUCAUUGUAAAGUACAUGAAAAAAAUCAUACUGGUGAAAAACCAUUUCAGUGUAAAAUCUGCUUCAAAUCAUUCAAUCUCCGUACUAAUUUGAAAGCACAUGAAAGAAUUCAUACUGGUGAAAAAUCAUUUCAGUGUAAAAUCUGCUCCAAAUCAUUCAGGCGAAAUGUUGAUUUGAAAGUACAUGAAAAAAUUCAUACUGGUGAAAAACCGUUUCAGUGUAAAAUCUGCUCGAAAUUAUUUAAUCAAAGUGGUCAUUUGAAAGUACAUGAAAAAAUGCAUACUGGUGAAAAACCGUUUCAGUGUAAAAUCUGUUCUAAAUCGUUCCGUGAAUGUGGUCAUUUGAAAACACAUGAAAGAAUUCAUACUGGUGAAAAACCGUUUCAGUGUAAAAUCUGCUCCAAAUUAUUCAAUCAAAGUUGUAAUUUGAAAGUACAUGAAAAAAUUCAUACUGGUGAAAAACCGUUUCAGUGUAAAAUCUGUUUUAAAUCGUUCCGUGAAUGUAGUCAUUUGAAAACACAUGAAAGAAUUCAUACUGGUGAAAAACAGUUUCAGUGUAAAAUCUGCUCCAAAUUAUUCAAUCAAAGUGGUCAUUUGAAAGUACAUGAAAAAAUUCAUACUGGUGAAAAACCGUUUCAGUGUAAAAUCUGCUCCAAAUCAUUCUUUCGGUGUGAUCAUUUGAAAAAACAUGAAAAAAUUCAUACUGGCGAAAAACCGUUUCACUGUAAAAUCUGCUCUAGAUCAUUCAUUCAUGGAUGUGAUUUAAAAAGACAUGGAAAAAUUCAUAUUGGCGAGAAACCUUUUCAGUGUAAAAUCUGCUCCAAAUCAUUCAAUCUCCGUAGUAAUUUGAAAGCACAUGAUACAAUUCAUACUGGUGAGAAAUCAUUUCAGUGUAAAAUCUGCUCCAAAUCAUUCAGGCUAAAUGGUGAUUUGAAAUUACAUGAAAAAAUUCAUACUGGUGAAAAAUCAUUUCAGUGUAAAGUCUGCUCCAAAUUAUUCAGACGAAAUUGUGAUUUGAAAGUACAUGUAAAAAUUCAUAGUGGCGAAAAACUGUUUAAGUGUGAAAUCUGCCCCAAAUCAUUCAUUGGAAGUAGAUAUUUGAAAAAACAUGAAAAACUUCAUACUGGCGAAAAACCCUUUUAGUAACAAAAAUGCUCUUUUUCAUUCAGUUUGUGUGUUGGUUUGAAAAUACAUGACAACGUUUAUAUUGGCAGAAAACCUUAUGUUUAUGUUUAUUAUCCUAUUAUCCCCAGGUUUUCUGCCAAUAUAA